CGUGAAGACGGAAGGGGGAGGAAAUAGGGGUCCUAGCUCGACAGGCCAGGCUCACCUCUCGCCCUGCACCCCCAGUGAUGCUGGCGGAGAUUGUGAAGCACUUCCAUCCCCGGCUCGUGGACCUGCACAACUACGUGCCCACCUGCAACACGGACCAGAAGCUCAGCAACUGGAGCAUUCUCAACAGGAAAGUCUUUCACAAGCUGCGUUUCUGUGUCUCAGAGGCGGAUAUCCGAAAGGUGGUGGCCAACACGCCUGGGGCCAUUGAGCCCAUCUUGUGUUUGCUAAGGGAAAAGGUGGUAGAUGGCGCUGUCUGUGAGGACCCACCGAAUGCAGCUGUGCUUGGCCGUGCAAUUGACCCAGGAGUCUCCAGUGCUGAUGCCAAUGGACUGUGGAUGGGGCUCACGACUACCCCCCACGCUGGCCUGCCGAGCCUCCCAGUGCCCUCUGGCGUGAAGACCCUUCAGACUGAGCAGGCUGUAGAGAAGAUGGGACACUGUGCGUGCAGAGGUCGGGACCCAUCCAGGGGGGCCCUGGGAGCACCCGGGCCCUGGGGUGCAGCAGCUGCUAGAGGAAAAAGAGCAGGCGCUGGCCAUUCUGCAGGAGACUGUCAAGGUUUUGCAGAUGAAGGUGGUCAGGCUGGAGCACCUGGUGAAGCUGAAGGACCAGCGGAUUAGGGAGCUGACCAGACGUGGGGCUGAGCACCAAUGAGCAAGAGGCCACAGGGAAAGGCUCCCAAGUCAACUAGACCCUGAACUUGAACCCAUGUGGACCUCCCCCAGACCAGGGUUCUUGCAGAUGUGGCUGCACACUGUCCAGCAGGCUGAGGGACAACUUUAACAAAGGCUGGGGUAGCAUCAGUAUGAAGAGUUCACAAGGGUGGAGUCCAGGGACUCAGGGCUGCUCAUGGGCUCCUGGCCAGUGUCACCUGAAGUUUGCCCCACCACCAACAAGUUUGGAGGUGAA